CGCACCCUUAGAUUCUCUACCAAUACCAAAUCACCCAUUACUCCAUCUUUCCUCUCUCUAUCUCUCUGUGCAUCACCACAGUACCACACGAAGAUGUCGUCAUUUUUUAAUUAUAAUUGAACUGAUUGAUCCAGUCAGUGUGCAUAUAGUAGUAGUACGACACUACAAAUUAUCGUUUAUAAUGCUCCGUCAAAAUCUCAUUCAUCGCUUCUCCCUCCUUUCCUCCUCUUUCCCUCUUUCAACGCUCCUCUUCUCCUGUCCAUCUCUUCUCCCUCUGAGUCUGAGAUUCUCCACAUCAAUCCAUCCUUCCGGCUUUCUGAGAACUCGUUCUCGAAAAUCUCUACAGCCUACGACGAGCUACAUGGCUACCUCCAGAUUUUUUAAUCUCGUUCCUGUUAAUUCUGCUCUUGCUGAAGAUGGUGGAGGAACCUCAAAUGGCUCUCUUUCUUCAUCUACAAUUGAAGACGAAGAAAAUGCUUCCUUGGGUAGUGGAUAUCGUCUUCCUCCUACUGAAAUUAAAGAUAUUGUUGAUGCACCACCACUUCCUGCAUUGUCAUUCUCUCCGCAGAGGGAUAAAAUACUAUUCCUCAAACGCAGAUCUUUGCCUCCUUUGGCAGAACUAGCAAGACCUGAGGAAAAGCUUGCUGGUAUUCGGAUUGAUGGGAAAUGCAACAGUAGGAGUCGGAUGUCAUUCUACACUGGUAUUGGGAUCCAUCAGUUAUUACAGGAUGGUUCUCUAGGACCAGAGAAAGAGGUACAUGGCUUCCCUGAUGGUGCUAAGAUCAAUUUCGUUAGCUGGUCACGUGAUGGUCGGUACCUAUCCUUCAGCAUUCGAAUUGAUGAGGAGGACAAUAGCAGCAAGCUCAGGGUAUGGGUUGCGGAUGUUGAAACAGGAAUAGCCAAGCCUCUCUUUCAAUCACCGGAUAUUUUUCUGAAUGCUGUUUUUGACAAUUUUGUUUGGGUAGAUGGUUCUACUUUAUUAGUUUUCACCAUCCCGUUAUCUCGUGGGGAUCCACCGAAGAGGCCAUUGGUUCCUUCCGGGCCUAAAAUUCAAUCAAAUGAGCAAAAAAAUGUUGUCCAAGUGAGGACAUUCCAGGAUUUGCUGAAGGAUGAGUAUGAUGAAGAUUUGUUUGAUUACUAUGCCACCACACAGCUGGUUUUGGCUUCUUUGGAUGGGACUGUGAAAGAAAUUGGUCCACCAGCUGUGUACACAUCAAUAGAUCCUUCCCCGGAUCAGAAGUACCUUUUGGUCAGUUCAAUUCACAGGCCAUACUCUUUUAUUGUACCAUGUGGAAGAUUUCGAAAGAAAGUUGAUGUGUGGACAACUGAUGGAAAGUUUGUUAGAGAGCUUUGUGAUUUGCCUCUAGCAGAGGAUGUCCCCAUAGCAUUCAAUAGUGUGCGAAAAGGGAUGCGUUCAAUCAAUUGGAGGGCAGAUAAACCUUCAACACUUUACUGGGUAGAGACACAAGAUGGAGGUGAUGCAAAAGUGGAAGUUUCUCCACGGGAUGUAAUUUAUACACAGUCUCCUGAUCCUUGUGAUGGUGAAGAACCAAAGGUCCUACACAAACUUGACCUUCGUUUUGGAGGUAUCUCCUGGUGUGACGAUUCAUUGGCUUUAGUUUAUGAAUCUUGGUACAAAACACGUCGAACAAGAACUUGGGUCAUCUCUCCUGGAUCUGAAGAUGCAAGUCCACGGAUUCUAUUUGAUAGGUCAUCGGAAGAUGUCUACUCUGAUCCUGGGUCCCCAAUGAUGCGAAGAACACAUGCUGGGACCUAUGUUAUUGCUAAAGUAAAGAAGGAAGGUGAUGGAGGGACUUAUAUUUUGCUAAAUGGAAGUGGUGCAACACCAGAAGGGAACAUCCCAUUUCUUGAUUUGUUUGGCAUAAAUACAGGUAGCAAACAACGAAUAUGGGAGAGUGAUAAAGAAAAGUAUUAUGAGACAGUUGUUGCCUUGAUGUCAGAUCAGAAUGAGGGUGACUUGUGUAUUGAUCAACUGAAAAUAUUGACUUCUAAAGAGUCAAAAACAGAAAACACUCAAUAUUACAUACAGAGUUGGCCAGAUAAGAAGGUCUACCAAAUUACUAACUUCCCCCAUCCAUACCCUCAGCUGGCCUCAUUACAGAAAGAGAUGGUUAGGUACCAGAGAAAGGAUGGUGUUCAACUUACUGCAACGCUAUAUUUGCCUCCAGGAUAUGAUCCCUCUAAAGAUGGUCCCCUUCCAUGUCUUGUUUGGUCUUACCCUGGAGAGUUUAAAAGCAAAGAUGCCGCUGGACAGGUCCGUGGUUCUCCUAAUGAGUUUGCAGGCAUAGGUCCAACAUCAGCCCUUCUUUGGCUGGCCAGAAGAUUUGCUAUUCUAUCUGGUCCAACAAUACCAAUCAUUGGUGAGGGUGAUGAAGAGGCAAAUGACAGGUAUGUGGAGCAGCUGGUUGCUAGUGCUGAAGCUGCAGUCGAGGAAGUUAUACGGCGGGGGGUGGCUCAUCCAAACAAAAUUGCUGUUGGAGGUCAUUCUUAUGGGGCAUUCAUGACUGCAAAUCUCCUAGCACAUGCUCCCCAUCUCUUCUGUUGUGGAAUUGCUCGCUCUGGGGCUUACAACAGAACACUUACUCCUUUUGGUUUUCAGAAUGAGGACAGAACACUUUGGGAGGCCACUAGUACUUAUGUUGAGAUGAGCCCUUUCAUGUCAGCCAAUAAAAUUAAGAAGCCUAUAUUACUUAUUCAUGGGGAAGAAGACAAUAAUCCAGGAACACUAACAAUGCAGUCAGACCGUUUCUUCAAUGCCCUUAAAGGCCACGGUGCACUCUGCCGCUUAGUUGUUCUUCCCUUUGAGAGUCAUGGUUAUGCUGCACGAGAGAGCAUCAUGCAUGUCCUUUGGGAGACAGAUAGGUGGCUGCAGAAGUACUGUAUAUCAAAUUCUUCUGACAUAGUUGCAGAUCGUGAUGAUUGCAAGGUUGAUGGAAACAAAGCCAAGGAUGAUCUUGGUGGCAAAGCAGUUAGUGUUGGUGGGGAAGGUGGGCAAGAGCAGGAUGAUGUAGAUCAGGACGAAUUUCUGGUCACACUGAGGUCAUUGUUGUGGUAACUUCUCUCCCAUUGUUGUCUUCCCCUCUCUGUUGAGUUGAGAAAUGAAACAAGAAUGAAGUUUUUUUAAUGGUAUUAGUGAUUCUGUUUGCUAAUAAGUUGCUCUCCACAGACAAUUGAAACUUGAAAGCACAAUUUAGGGCUCAGACUUUUUUUUUGAUCAAGACUUGCUACUCAUGUUUUGAUGCUUAAAAAAACACAAGCUCUCUGACAUGAUUCACCAACGGGUACCAAGUUAAAUGAGCAGAGCAUCAGUCUGGUCAACUUCUGAUUUGAUCAGAUAUACGAUUUACACCUGACAAGAGGUGAUGCUUGGCCUGUGAGAUGUAUCAUGGAUGGUAUCAUUCAGAAAUUAUCUAGUCGCAUCCAUAUUUAUGCGCCACCGAUUGUAAUAUAUUUGCAUUGUUUUCCCGCCAUGGGUUGUGCCAUUGUUGUUGCGGUCCCUUAGUUUUAUAAAGCGCUACAUCUUAAAAACUUAAUUGUAUGCUUCAUGCUUGCGUUUGAAAUGCAUGCCUCUUAUUCUCAUUAGAGAUGAUUCAAUCAAUAAACAAGGUUUGCCUA